AUGAUCCACCGUGAGCUCAAACUACUUCAAGAAACUCCAACCUUUAUAGGCUCCGAGAGAGAGCGGCAGGAAUACAAAAAGAAGAGGAGACAGAUCGCUAAUGCCGUCCUAGAAGCGAGCACUGCUGCCGCCCAGUCAUGGGUUGUGCAGGGUAACUUCAACUUGGCUGUGGCUGGAGCUUUGAAUUUCGGCAGAUUAUUCGCGUCGCAGAACAAGUACGAUCAGGCCCUUCGUGCAUGCGCAAUGGACGCAGAAGUUUUCAAGAAAAGCGGCACUGCAAACUCCCAUUCUGCAUGCUCUGCAAUCUACGUCAACAUUUGCGAGAUCAUCAUGAAUUGGUUCGAACAAGCUGCGUCCACUUUCGUUCAUGAUGCUGCGAACUCCUUGGCAAAUGCCGUUGCAGAGGAGAGCCAGAGCCGGCAGCAAAUGUACACGGAUCUAGAAAUUCGUGAAGCGGUAGAGAACAUGCGCCACGUAGUGAAUUACUCUAGCGAAGAGCCGCUGAAGGAAACGAAAGUCCACUGUGAGCUGAAACAUUCCCCUGUUAGCGCGCUGCUGUCCGUCGUUUGCGCGGCAAGGCGCAAUGCCAAGCGCUUAACCCUCCCAAAGGCAGAAACUGCAGUCGUCGCUGAAGCACAGCAGGCUGAUGCGCUGGAGGAUAACUGGUCGUCUCGCCAAGAAGCGAACGACGAAGAAGCAAAGCGGCAUGACGACGAAGCCGUUUCAAAGGAGCUGAAAAAGGACGCCAAGGAACAAGCGCGACAAAUAUCGGGGGAAGCAGGUUUGAUGUUUUUAUAA